AUGUCCCUGCCACGUUCUUCCCGCCAGGCCUUGCGCCUCGGUCGCCAAUUCGGCCGCCCGCAAUCGCAGGUGUCCUCCCAGAAGCGAGCUGUCGCGAACCUCACUCCGCCGCAUCAGGCCAAUGCCAUCUCGCGGCUCCAGAGCGUCGUUGAUCCGUCAUCGGACGAGUUCAAGGAGAAUGAGCGACAGAUGAGCGAGGUCAUGAACCGCAUGCAGGAGCUCACGCGCAAGAUCCAGCAGGGAGGCUCCGAGAAGGCCAGACAAAAGCAUCUUGCACGCAAGAAGAUGCUCCCCAGAGAUCGAGUUACAGCAUUGAUCGAUCCUGGUACUACCUUCCUCGAGCUCUCACCCAUGGCUGGCUAUGAGCUUUACCCAGAAGCCGAGGUCCCCGCGGGUGGCAUUAUUACCGGUGUUGGUGUUGUCGAGGGAGUGACGUGUGUUAUCGUUGCCAAUGAUAGCACCGUCAAGGGCGGCACAUAUUAUCCUAUUACAGUGAAGAAGCACCUGCGAGCGCAGGCUGUUGCGCGAGAGAACAAGCUACCAUGCAUCUACCUCGUCGACAGCGGUGGCGCGAACCUGCCUCAUCAGGCGGACGUCUUCCCCGACCAGAAUCACUUUGGUCGCAUCUUCUAUAACCAGGCACGGAUGAGUUCCGAGGGCAUUCCCCAGAUCUCUGUGGUCAUGGGCCCUUGUACCGCCGGUGGUGCCUAUGUCCCAGCCAUGAGUGAUGAGAGCAUCAUUGUCCAGGAGCAAGGCCACAUCUUCCUUGCCGGCCCGCCACUAGUCAAGGCUGCGACCGGUGAGGUUGUCAGCCAUGAGGACCUGGGAGGUGGCAAGAUGCACUCAUCCGUCUCUGGUGUGACAGACUACCUUGCCGUGGAUGAUGCCCAUGCGGUUGUCCUAGCCCGGCGCUGCAUUAGCAACCUCAACUGGCCCAAGCAGUCGCCCAACACUCAAGCCCCCAAGCCUACAUUCUCAGAGCCCCUUCAUGACCCCGAGGAGUUGCUUGGCAUUGCCACCACCAACCUGCGAAAGCCCCUCCCUAUCCGCGAGGUUAUCUCUCGUAUCGUGGACGGCUCUGAGUUCUCCGAGUUCAAGCGGGACUUUGGCACGACCCUCGUGACAGGCUUCGCCGAGAUCUACGGCCACAAGGUAGGCAUUGUGGCCAAUGACGGUAUUCUGUUCGCGUCGUCUUCUGUCAAGGGUGCGCACUUUGUUGAGCUAUGCACCCAGCGCGGCAUCCCGCUCGUGUUCCUCCAGAACAUCGCGGGCUUCAUGGUGGGCUCGCAGUCGGAGCGUGACGGCAUCGCCAAGCAUGGAGCCAAGCUCGUUACCGCCGUUGCUUGCGCCGAUGUGCCCAAGUUUACCGUCGUCGUUGGUGGCAGCUAUGGCGCUGGCAACUACGGCAUGUGCGGUAGAGCAUACAGCCCGCGCUUCCUGUGGAUGUGGCCCAACGCCAAGAUCGGCGUCAUGGGCGGCGAGCAGCUGGCUGCUGUGAUGGAGACGGUUGGCAAGCAGGUCGACACUGGGCUGAAGCAGCGAAUCGAGAAGGAGAGUGAUGCGACCUACUCGUCUGCUAGAUUAUGGGACGAUGGAAUUAUUCCUCCCCAGCAUACAAGACGAUACCUCGGCCUCGGCCUGCAGGCUGCGAUGGGAGGUAGGAAUGAGGUCAAGGCGGGUGAUACCAAGUUUGGUGUCUUCCGAAUGUAA